ACGCCCGCACAUUACACUUGAUUGUCAUUUGUUAAACUAAUGUUAUGUACUUAAGUUUGUAUUUCAAAAAAACCGGAUGUGACGUUUUGUAACGGAUCUCUGAAAGACGGUGUGAAGGAGGUGACGUAAAAAAGAAGCACCAGGUAAUUCUUACAAGUGUUGUCAAACCCUCAUCAUUCUCCAGCUCAGAAUCUUACUGAUAAACUGUUGGAUUUGGGCCAAUCUGGUACAGGACCAAUAUAAAAAGAGAUGCAAACAGUGCUGGAGCAUAACUUUGUAUCUGACUAAUAGAAUUAUAUUCUGUACACUCGAACCAGCACAGAAUCAAGUCAUGCUACUGUUGCUGAUGUUAGCAUUGUCCUCGCUGGUCCACUCGGCUCCUCUCUUUAACAUGUCCCAGCCACUGGACUGUGAAGAUGUUUACAAUUUCAAGAUAAGCGUAAUGAAGAACGCCUCUGUUCCCAAUGGAGUGUACACCAUUUACCCAGCAGGGUCUAAUAAACCUGUGAAGGUGUACUGUGAUAUGGGCUGCCUGGAAAACGGUAGCCAACACAAUGAGAAGUGGACAGUGAUUCAGAGGAGAAUCAACGGCAAUGUGAGUUUCUAUCAGCCAUGGGCGCAGUAUAAGACUGGAUUUGGUGAUCCCGCUGGUGAAUACUGGCUAGGUCUGGAAAACAUAUUUUUGAUGACCAACACGGAGAAGUAUCAGUUGAGAGUGGACAUGGAGGAUUUUGAGAAAGGCAGUGCCUAUGCCCAGUACACUACAUUCUCUGUCAACCAAGAGUCCACUAACUACAUGCUGAAUAUCGGAGGCUACAUCAAUGGAGGAGCAGGUGAUUCUUUGUCCUAUGUGAAUGGAAGAGGUUUCUCAACCUUUGACAAAGAUCCAACAGGAUAUUGUGCAGAGAAUUACGCUGGAGGCUUCUGGUACUACUGGGGGUACUGGUCACAAUGCCAUUACGCCAACCCCAAUGGCCUGUACAAAUACGGGAAUGUGGGCACAGCAUACACAGGGAUCAUGUGGCAGACCUGGAAAGGUAGCUACUACUCUGUGAAGACCAUCAUGAUGAAGAUCAGAAGGAUGGGUCUGGAAGAUCUUACAAACCUUUAGCUUCCCAGACAUACAAAGAAUGGAAAUGGUGACAGAUCUCCAGGAAAAUGACAAGAUCUACUUAUCCAUUAAUCUUAAUCUUCAAUAUUUGGGUCUAUUCUGUGGCACAUACCCCUGUAAUGUCCUUCAUUCUCUGUUGUAUUAGUUUCAUUUCUUAAUGGAAUAAGUAGAGGUUUAUGCAUAUUUUAGUUUAAUUAAAUGUUUUCUUCUUAACAAUUCACACUUCCUUUGUACCACUAAUAAUGAAUGAAAAUCAAAUAUAUUGUGAUUGAAAUAAAGAUUGAGUAAAUGAA